AAGUCCCAUUAAAGCUUAUCUCCAAACCCUCUCUUUAUAAAAACACAUUACACUCUCUGUCUCUCUCUAUAUAUAUAUCUCUCUCUCACACACACACACAAGAAAAUGUUGAGAUCGGGACGAAGAGAAGUGGUUGCGGUGUUCAUAACAUUGGCCUUAAGCCUCGUCGCUGCUUCAGCGAAAGGGGAAUCUGGGUUUGUGCAGAAUGAGUGUCUGAGGGUUCCGACGUCGGAGUUCGUCGGAGCUGCGAGAGCCGCCGUCGACGCCAUGAGAAAAGCCGGCGGGUUUUUGUCAAGGUUUCAGAAGAAAACCGGAGAUUUUAGGAUGGCGAAUUCCAUUCUUGACUGCUUAGAUCUUCUUGAUGUCGCUUGUGAUGUCCUCUCUUGGUCCAUCGACGCUUCUCUCAACCCCAACGGCAAAGACAACAGCACAGGGGACAUAACCACAGAUCUCAGGACAUGGAUCAGUGCCGCGUUCUCCGACAUGGACACGUGUCUCGAGGGCUUCGAGGGCACUCAUGGAAUUAUAAAAAAUGUCAUAACCGGUGGCCUUAACCGGGUCGGUCCAUUGGUUCGAAAUCUCCUAGCCAUGGUUCACCAUAAACCCAGAUCCAAGCCCAACGAGGCCCAAAAUCACUUAACCGGUUCCGGUCACGGCGGUUUCAACAAAUUCCCUCCAUGGGUCAGACCCGGUGACCGGAAACUGCUGCAAACCGGCGGAAUUCCGAAGGCUGAUGCUGUGGUGGCAGCCGAUGGGACGGGAAAUUUCACGACGAUAAUGGAUGCCGUUUCAGCGGUGCCAGAAAAUAGCGAAAACCGGUAUGUGAUAUAUGUGAAGAAAGGAGUGUAUUCGGAGAAUGUGGAGAUCAAGAAGAAGAAAUGGAACAUUAUGAUGAUCGGAGAUGGAAUGGACGUCACCGUCAUCACCGGUAACCGGAAUUUCAUCGACGGUUGGACCACAUUCCGAUCUGCUACUUUUGCCGUGAGCGGAAGAGGGUUCAUCGCACGAGACAUAACGUUCCAAAACACGGCCGGACCGGAGAAGCACCAAGCCGUGGCCCUACGGUCAGAUUCUGACCUAUCGGUUUUCUUCCGUUGCGCGGUGAGAGGUUACCAAGACUCACUCUACGCUCACACGAUGCGGCAAUUCUUCCGAGAGUGCGUCGUGACGGGAACCGUCGAUUUCAUAUUCGGCGACGCAACAGCCGUUUUCCAGAACUGUCAGAUCAAGGCAAGGAAAGGCUUGCCUAAUCAGAAGAACAUCGUCACGGCUCAAGGUCGGAAAGAUCCUAACGAGCCGACAGGGUUCACUGUCCAAUUCUCCAACGUGACGGCCGAUACGGAUCUAGUUCCGUACAUAAACACGACGUAUACGUACCUAGGACGACCAUGGAAGCUGUAUUCCCGUACCGUCUUCAUGCAGAACUACAUAAGCGAGGCGGUUAGACCCGAGGGUUGGCUGGAGUGGAACGGGAAUUUCGCAUUGGAUACGUUAUAUUACGGAGAGUAUAUGAAUUACGGGCCGGGAUCUCGGCUCGAGAAUAGGGUUAAAUGGCCGGGCUACCAUGUUCUGAACAGCUCGGCCGAGGCUAACAAUUUCACGGUCGCUUCUUUCAUUGAAGGGAACCUAUGGUUACCGGCCACCGGUGUUAGGUAUACUGCUGGUCUAAGCUCCUAGGUUAUAUGAAAAUCGUACGUAUAAACUAUGUUUGGUUGUGUUCUUGUAAUAUAUAUAUAUAUAUAUAUAUUGUAACGUCUGAGUGAUAAAAUCUGUGAUAUUUGUCAUUA